AUGAACAAGAUUUUAAUUUUUAUUUGUUGUUUGUACUAUUUAAAUGUGAUACCGUUUGAAGCCUAUGCAAUGACAGUAGAACAAAAAGCCCAGAUACAUGAACACUUUGAAAAGAUAGGUAUCGAAUGCAUCAAAGACAACACAAUCACUGAAGAAGACAUCAAUAAUCUCAGAGCACAUAAAAUUGCUAGCGGACCUAACGUUCCUUGCUUUUUAGCAUGUAUGUUGAAGGAAGUCGGCAUUAUGGACGACAAAGGAAUGCUUGAAAAAGAAACGGCUCUAGAACACGCUAAGAAAAUUUUUAAUGAUGCCGAGGAAUUAAAACUUAUGGAAGAUUAUCUUCAUUCAUGUGCCCACAUAAAUGGUGAAUCCGUCAGUGAUGGUGAAAAGGGAUGUGAACGUGCCUCCUCAGCUUAUAAAUGUAUGAUCGAAAAUGCAUCACAGUUCGGAAUUGACCUGUAA